GUUUUAUCUGCUUUUAUGUCAAAACCAAAGUAAAACUGUCACCACCUUACUAAUGUUUAGGAAUAGGAAAAGUCAUGUUUUUUAAAUAUUUUUAUUUUAUAUCAUGUAUUUUCAUAGGAAUUUAUAUAGAUACGACAAAUGGGGGAAUGACAAAGGAUAAAAUGUAUGAAAAAAUUGAUGGGAAUGCGGCAUGUUUUCGACGAUUAAAUGGAACACAUCAAGUUGGUUGUACUUCACGUCGCCAAGGGUCAACGGGUAUCGUACAUAUUGCAAACACUCCAGCUGAUAUUGAUUCGUUGUUAAAAAAUGGUACUGCAGGUCCGUACAUGCCUCUAAUACCACCUCAACUCUUCACUCGUGAUAUUUUAACUAAAUUAAAAAAUCAUUUUCCCGAACAAAUAUCGGGAGUUAUUAUGCGAAAUGAUACAACUAUUCCUAUGGAUUUUUCGCAUGAUUACCAAUGCCCGAAUCCAAGAUCAUCGUUAAAUGGAACAUGUGAUGCAGCAUCAGGAGGAUGGAAUCCUUUAGGCAGCGGCUUAUUAUUUGAAGAGUUCCCAUUUCCAAUAUUUCUUAUAACAAAUGAUACAGAUGUUAAAAAAAUUACCGAUUGUUAUGAGAAAUUUAAUAGUUUUGAUUUCUUUAAUCAAAGAUUUCGAUCGUUAUGCGCUAUCGAAUUAAAAGCUUUUAUGUUUGCUACAACGGAUUCGAAAACUUGUAUUCGACGGACAAAUAUUGUUAAUAAUUUAAAACCUGUGAAAUUUUGUGAUCCACUUGGGGAUCAAAACGUAUAUGGCUUGCUUUUACCACGUGGAAAUUAUAGUAUCAACGAUACUGACAACAAACCAGCUGAAGUAGUUGAUAAUAAAAGUUCAGAAGUAAUUGUUGUAGCUACACGCUUAGACGAUACCUCAAUGUUUGAUGGAGUAACACCGGGAGCUUCAAGUCCUAUUUCAGGCUUAGUAACUCUGUUAUCUACUGCAUAUUUACUAAAACAGAUGAUUAAUUCAUCGGAUUCAACGGUUUCCCCAAAAAAAAAUAUAUUAUUUGUAAUUUUUAAUGGGGAAUCGUACGAUUAUAUUGGAUCUCAGAGGAUUGUAUACGAUAUGAACCAAAAUAAAUUCCCAAUGGAAUAUGAUAGCAGUAUUAAAUAUAAUGUUCCUAACAUUACAUUAGAUGAUAUAAGUUUAUUUAUUGAAUUAAGUCAAUUAAGCGUUAUAGAUAAUCUAAAUAUGUUCCACAUGGAAUAUACAAAUACAACAAGCCAAACAAACAUUGAUAACUUUAUUUCAACAAUGAAGAAAAAUUUAAUAAAAAUGACUGUAAAUGAAACAAAAAAUACAAUACCACCAAGUUCAUUACAAUCAUUUCUCAUAAAUAAUACAAAUGUACCGGGUGUUGUACUAGCCGAUCAUAAUAUGCAAUUUCAUAAUAAAUAUUAUCAUUCAAUUUAUGAUAAUGCUGCAAAUAUACAAUUUACGUAUUACAAUUCAUCAUUAAAUCAAACAUCAAUAAUCCCACCGAAUACAAUUCAAUCGCAUUUAAGUACUGUAUCAGUUGCACUAGCUAAAACAUUAUUUGAAAUUUUAAACGAUGGUAAAUCUGUUCAACCUGCUCAACAGUUCGAUACGUUAGCGUUAACGGACGAGCUGUUGUAUUGUUAUUUAAUAUCACCAAAUUGUAAAAUUUUUAGAGCGGCUACUUUUCAAGAAGUAUUAAAAGAUACACAAUUGCCGUUGUAUGUGGGAGUUGAUGAAUGGUUAAAUUCGAUAACGACUGUAACUGGUUACACGUUAGCAUAUUUUAUUGGUGAUAUUCUGCCAAAUGUAAAUAAGCCAUCUUGUGUAUUCAAUCCACAAAUGCCGUUAUUUAGAUUUCAAUGGGUGAAUGGAGAUAUAAAUGAAAGCAAUACGACUGGAGUAUGUUUAAAGUCUACGGUACAUUUUACACGAGCAAAAAGUCCAGCCUUUGAUAUUGAAGAUUAUGACUGGACAUCAGGACAAUAUAGUACGUGGACUGAAUCAAUUUGGAAAGAAUUAACUGUUCAAAUAUUUUUAAAACCGUCUGCACAGCAUGAAAAUAUAACAAUCACUAUUGGCACUGUUGUUUUAGUUUUGUCAUUUAUUGUUGUAUAUAUUACAAAUAAACGCGCUGAUGUAUUAUUUAAUACGAAUUCGAACAUAAUUGGUACGAGCUGUUGAAGAAUUAUGGUAUGUAAGCAUUAUUGGAGUCCUUAUUGCU